UCCGGUUGCUGUACUUCACAUAUCGUCAAGAGAGCGGUCUUUAAAUUGAUGUAAUAAAGCUGAAAUUGGGCCCAAGAAACAUCGGUCAAGCGUUAAUUCCCGAGGUGUGAUGUCUACGGAUACUCGCGAUGGAGGGUGGAACUGGAGUCUAUUACCAAGCAAUGCCUGCAGUGGGACCAGACGGAAGAAAUGUCAUGAAGUUGAUUCCUGUUCAGAAAGUGAAUGGACAGUUCUUUCAGACAGUAUUUAAUACAGAAAAAGACAAUGUGGAUCUACAAGUGAAAGUCUGUUCAAACCCUGUUUUAUCAUCUGUUGCCUCCUCAUCUCAUUCACUGACUAGACUUCCAUCCCUAAAGACUAGACUUCCAUCCCUACAGCCUACAGCAGAUGGACGAUAUGUCCUUAAAGCCCCACAGCAGGUCAACACCUUCUUUAACACACCAAAAGUUCCACACAUUGGAACUAUAAAUCUACCCAGACCUUCAAAGCAGGUAGACAUACCUUCUGCAAAACCCACAAUUUCUCACAAUUUUCCCCCUCAAACCAAUGGACAGCCCAUGGCAGUGGUCCAAAAGCUCCCUGUUACUGUGAAGUCGCCUGUUCUCCCAAAUGGCCAUUGCCUUCAGAUCCCUUCCUAUGCGCAAGUUAGGACUGUCCCAGCCUCUGCACUCCCACCAUCCAUCAAAAGCCAGAUAAUGAACUCGGUGAGCAUCACCCCUGCAAACGAAAAACAACAGACGGUUGUUAUGGUGUCUCCUGUGAAUUCUGUGAAGCUAAUCUCUGAUCAACAAGCGUUUUUGCUUACAAAGCAAAGUCAAAUACAGAAGACUAUUUUUCCGCAUCUGCCUGCACACACUGGGACAAGCUCACCUGUUUGUUCUCCAAUAAAUCCUAAAGCUAGUGAAAAAGUAAGCGCUCCAAUUAAAUGGGUGGUCCAAGAGGAAUCUGGCACACCUGGUCCUUGCCUUGUACCUGCAUCGUCAACACAACUGAACGCUACUGCCACAAAAUCAGUCAAACAUGUAGAAUCGGUCAGCUUCGCAAAUAAUAUUGUGGCGAGCAAAUCCAUUCAGUCUCAGAUCAGCCCAGAACAGAUCACCCCAGGCAAGGACAAUGCUCUUGUCAUGUGCAAUGGAAAGGUGUACUUUGUGGCCAAGAAGAAUUCUGAGAUCGCCAAGGAUGUGAUGGUCAGCGAAGGUGGGAGAAAAGGGUUUCACAGCGUCUCUCCAGCCCUGCCCGCUAGCUCUGCUCUGGGAUUAAACGCUUCUAAAGUUACAGAAGAGCUGGACCCUAAAAUAAAAGCUAGUGAGAUCAUUGAUCUUUGUGAUGAUGAGGAGGAGAGUUCCACGUGCCUGGGAGGUUCGCCUGGUAAUUUACCAACACAAAGUCAAACAGAGGCGGACGACAGCAGUGAAGAUUCCAACGUAAUAUUUGUAUCAUAUAUUCCACCAAAGUCAGAGAAUCUUGGUGGUGACAAGGACACAAAUUGUGCUUCUCAGAAUAAAAUAGAUGACAUAGCAUGUGGACAGAAGGAAAUAAAUGUUGUCUCGCAAAAUGACAGGGAAGAAGCAGAGCACACAGAGAUGGAAAUAGAUGUUGGUCAAGAAAACACUGCUGCCAAAGAGAAUGAUGCUCAGAUGGAGGAACAGGUCGAGGAAUCUAGACCAGCUGAAACAAACUUAAGUUCUUCUAGUGAAAAUGUAGGUAUGGAGGGGGAAAAGCAAUUGGAAAAUGAAAUUUCACCAGUCAGCAUAUUGGCAGAUACAACAAGUGGUGAUGGAGCAGCUCUUGGUGAAACCAUCAAUGAAAGGGAAGAUGUGUCUGAACAGGUCCAUAACGACUGUGUUCCAGCCACAGAUAACACAGAAGAGACCUUUGAAAAUCCAGCUCCUGGUCGGAUGACCCAACAUAAGAGUGAUUCCCAGCUCAGAAAAGAAUUCAGUGUCACUUCUGACGUAAGAAUUUGUUUGCAAAAAAUAAGAUGGAUUGAAAAUUCAUACCCACAAGCAGAUAGGCUCAUCAUAAAUAAACGAACCUUAGAUGGUCUUCGUAAAGUGAUCCAGGAAUCACAGCUACAAUCAAAAGUACAGAAGAUGAUGCAGGUGCCCCGCAAGAAGACAGAGGACAAUGAAUACCUGAAGGAAGUUAAAAGAAAUAAGCUCGAGCAGGAUGUGAAAGAUGUACAUCAAGAUAAUUCAUCACUCAGUACUACUAAUAUUUCACCUGUCUCGGUUUUUCCCAUGGAAAACAGUUUGAUGUCACAGACUUUUCAAGAUGUUUGCUCAUCUAUUCGUAAUACUGGAGAAACAGUAGUAUCUACAGCUAGUAAGGUUCAUAUACAAUCUGAAACAUCUAAAGAUUGUUCUGCUGACACACAUUGUCUUACUUCCUCAUCUGAAAAAACACAAACCACUAGUCCCACCGCGUCCCCUCCUUCCGCAUUAAGGAAGAUACCAGUACGUUUGAAGAAAGGCAAGGUAUGCACGGCCUGUCCCUGUGGGGCUGUGUUAGGGGCUACAGAGACAACCUCAUCACUCCAACCACAAGGGACAGAAUCUGCUACUGUCGAGUCACACAAAGAGACUAGAAAAAGCUGCUUGCAUAAAACACAGAAGGAGAGCUGUCAUUCAACGGGAGAUCACAUUUUUGUUAAGAAAGUGGGCAAGAAAAAGAAAAACAGCCCACGUAAAAAGAAAUCUCUAUCAAAGUCUUCAUGUGGAAAUUCACACAGCAUCAUUUCUCCUGAUUGUUCAGUGAGUAUUACAACAUUGCUAAAUGAUUCUUCAUCCAACCUGCAGGAGGGCAACAAGGAGAUUGCUCUGUUCUCAAAUGAAUCUGAAUGCAGUAUUUUAUCAAACAUCCACUCACAGACUGAAACCUCAGAGCAAGACACCAGCCAGAUGGAAGUAGCAGUAAAUGACACCAGCGUGCCAUCUUCUAGUAAACAGCAGGAUUCCUCCCUAGACGAAUUGCCAACCCAAGACUUAUACUCAAUGGAAGUGUUGGAUGCUGAGGAGAUAAAACGGCAAGAGAGAAUCAAACGACUGAAAAAUCUUCUGAGGCAAAAGGAGGCUGCGCUGGACAGAAUGCGACAUAGCAUGAACAUUUAGUCAUAUCUGUUUUUAUUUCAAAGACUUUCACUGUACAUUGGAUUACAGUCGACUGUAUAAGUAAUGUAUAUAGUUUGCACAGCAUCUUCAUUUGAUCUUAACUUUUACAUUUUUAAUAUGUAAAGCAGAUUGGAGUGUCAUAUUUUAUUAAAUUCUUGAGAACUUAAAAGUAUAUUAAGUUAUGUUUGUCUUUUUAAGUUGUUUGCUGUAUAUUUAAGCAACACUAGAUGUGAUCUGUGUUCAUGUCAUCUUAAUGAUUGUAUGAUUGAUUUUAGGUGCCUUUAUUAAUACUUAAUUGUUCUGUAGUUUACUUUAUAGCACUGCUAUAGUCCACUUUUUAAGCUCAAGAAAUAAAAGUCAGUCAAUAAAAUGCAUAA